CGCUCUAGUAUUUCCUACCUGGAGCAGAUGACCAAUCAUAGAAGGCCGGAGAAUGCCGGCUUGGAGUUGCAUAACAAUGAACAGAGAAUAGAAGAAAUUUUUUUAAACCGGAGCGUUCAGAACAGUUUUAGCUCACAGGGAUUUCUCUAAAAUACCUCAUUAUUCGAAGUUUUGGCCACGUUUUUAACAUGAAAAUCCGACUUUAUAACAUUGUAGUCAUGACAGAAAAUAUGGAAAAGCAUAAUAGGUCACUUUUAAUGAUAAUGUAUAGAAAUGCAGUAUGUUUAAUAAGUUGUUGUGUGUUUGGUUCACAGAGUGAUGAUGGCAAAACGUCAGUGAGAGACCGAUUCAACGCCAGGCAGUUCAUGUCCUGGCUACAAGAUGUUGAUGACAAGUUUGACAAACUGAAGACGUGUCUUCUGAUGAGGCAGCAGCAUGAGGCGGCGGCCCUGAAUGCUGUGCAGCGUCUGGAGUGGCAGCUCAAGCUGCAGGAGUUGGACCUGGCCACUUACAAGUCCACCAGCAUCUUCGAGAUCCCCGAAUUUUACAUCCCACUCGUGGAGGUCAACGACGACUUUGACCUUACCCCGAUAUGAGUUGUUGAACAGACGGGCUUUGCCACAGCGGUGGCCAAAUCACGGACACGAGAGGCAACCCGCACAUUCGAGGAAAAAGAAAGAAAAAUGUGAAGCACUUGUGGCGGUAAUACAAAAAGAGCAUUUAUUAAAGAGACAAUUUUACUCCAGCGCUCUUACAGUCCAAACCAGCACGCCCACCAGGAGGACGGGGAACAAGGACUGACUGUUCCUCGUGUUCCUCGUACAGAAGGAGGCUACAGAUCUAGCCGGAGCAGAGACCAAAAGCUUGGGCGGUGCGGUGCGGUGGUGCAGGGAGCUGCAGCAAGAAGGAAAGUGUGGAUGUCAACCACCUUCUACUGCGCCUCAUUAAGCAGGGUCACACAACUGAAAGUUCAAUUGUUUUCAAAGUGAGUGUUCAUACAUUGUGUAUAGACUGUGCUCUUAAUUUUUUAACUUAUUUUAUACAUUAAAAAAAAAAUUGUGCAUUUGUAAAUAGCCAUGUAAUUAUUGUUUCAAACUUGUAAAAACAAAAAAUAAUAGAUAUUUUGAUUGUAAACUUGUUCUGUCUCAUGUUUUAAAGGACCAAAGUUGGUUUUUAUAUCGAGUGUCCUCUUCGUCCGUGAUGUUCUUGUUGUUGUUGGCUUAAAAUCUUAAGCAUGUGUUAGCUUUUGUUGUGUUUUUUUGUUUUUACUGUUUCACCCUUCCUCAUCUGGAGUUCCACGCCACAGCUGGUGUUUUUUGACUUUGGCAAUUAAAUGCUGUGCAUGCAUUGCGUUGUUUGUACUUUUUUCCUAAAAAAACUGUACUGUGGACUUAAUGUGAGGUUUACUGAAGUGUUC